AUGUCCCUGUGGGAGGUGAUUGAUCCUGAUAUCGAGGGGAAAUCCCAGGCACUGCGGGAGACACGGGUUACACUGCAGACAUGGCUCGAGUCCAAGAACCACACCACGCACAACCAGUCCCACAAAUGGCACAGAAAUGGCAUCAAUAAACCCCGGUCACAAAGAUACAAAUCUCUUAAGGGGGUUGACGCCAAGUUUCUGAGGAACAUGCGCUUUGCCAAGAAGCACAACAAAGUCCUGAAGAAGAUGCAGGCCAACAAUGCAAAGGCAGUGAGUGCGUGCACAGAGGCCAUCAAGGCCCUGGUGAAGCUUCAGGCCAUCAAGCCCAAGAUGCCAAAGGGCCCCAGCCUCAAACUCAGCCGCCUGGCUUUCCUCGCUUACCCCAGUCUUGGGAAGCAGAUUCGAAGUUACACGGCCAAGGGGCAUAGGCUCUGCCAACCAAAGCCCAAGGUUCAAACCAAGGCAGAGGCCAAAGCUCCAGCUAAGGCCCAGGCUUCAGUUCCAGUCCAGGCUCCCAAAGGUCCCCAGGCCCCUGUGAAGGCCCCAUAG